CUCGGACCGAGGUGCCGAGACUCGUCGAGCCACGCUACUCUUCGACUCCGACACGCGUCGAGAUCGAGCACUCGCGAUUUAACCACCGCGCCGCCGCCGCCGCCGCCGUCAGAAAUGUACGCGAAAGACCAGCCACGAGACGACAACGCGUGCGAACGUUCGAACGUCCUAUCGCCAGACGCGAGAUUUGUAUCCCCUAAUCGCGGAGAUACCGCAUCACUUUCACGGGCGAACAUGGAGCUCGAUCCAUGCCGAGUGUUUCAUCGAGCGUCCGCCGUUUCGUUUUCUGGCGCUCACGUCACUCUCUCUCCCUCUCUCUCUCUCCUCUCAUCGCCCAAUACUUUCACCCCUUUCACCGUCCUCUUUAUCUCUCUUUGUCGCUGUAGCUUUGUCUGUCUCAGUCUCCAGGAGUACCAACUACCAACUCUACCGAUUUGCACCUACAUCUACAAAUCAUGAUCUACAUUGAUACACAUCUCCAUACAUAUACGUUAUUGCUGCACGUGUCGGCUUUACGAACCCCACGUCCUGUCAUUUUCGCUAACCUAACGAAAUACUGAUACAUAUUUUGAUAGAUCGAGCAUCUUUUGUUGCUUACGUAUUGAUGCAUGUAUAUACAGUUCGGUUCGAAUUAAGAAUUUAUAAUGACAGAACCAACGCCAACUUUGGAAAAAUCCAAAAAAAUUAAUGUGAUUAACAAGCAAACAGUUCAUCAAAUUUGUUCCGGCCAGGUAAUUCUUGAUCUGGCAACUGCCAUAAAAGAGCUCGUGGAGAAUAGUUUGGACAGUGGUGCAACGUUCAUUGAUAUCAAGUUAAAAGAUCAUGGAAAAAGUUGCAUCACAGUGACGGAUAAUGGUAGCGGGGUUUUGGAAGAAGAUUUCCAAGGAUUGGGAUUGAAGCAUCAUACUUCUAAACUACGCGAAUUUUCGGAUUUAACAGAAGUUAACACCUUCGGAUUUCGCGGCGAAGCUCUAAGUUCGCUUUGUUCUCUAUCAGAAUUGAGCAUAAUAACUAGACAUCGUAGUAGCGAACACGGUUUCAGACUGGAAUUCGAUCAAAAUGGGAUUCUACGCGAGAAGGUGCCCUGCGCGAGAGAGGUGGGAACCACGGUUCAUGUAAGAGAUAUAUUUAAGUGUCUCCCAGUGAGAGCGAAAGAGUUCUAUCGAAACUUGAAAAAGGAAUACGCUAAAGCGAUUCAAAUAUUGUACAGUUAUUGUUUGGUGGCGGUAGACGCGAAGAUAACAUGUUCCAAUACGGUAUCGAAUAAGCUUCCAUCCGUCGUGGUGAACACGGCUAGUUCCAAAGAUGUUAUGGGCAAUAUCAGUGCGGUUUUCGGUAACAAAUCGACGAACGGACUCAUGCGAAUCAAAUUACUGACUCCUGAUGAAGCAACCUUGCGAGAAUACAAUUUACCUGACAACGUAGACGUGGAUUUCGAAUGGGAUUGCUAUGUGAGCAGUUGCGAUCACGACUUAGGACGAUCAAGCCCUGACAGACAAUUCUUUUACGUCAACGAUCGCCCCUGUGAUUUGACGAAAGUCGCUAAAUUGAUAAAUCAUAUUUACCAAAGAUAUAACAACAAACAGUAUCCGUUCGUUUUUCUGAACUUAAAGCUGGAUAAAGGAUCGACGGAUAUCAAUGUGACGCCGAAUAAGAGAACCAUAUUCUGUGCGCAGGAGCGUUUGAUUCUAGCUACUCUCAAACAAAGUUUGAUAACAGAAUGGGACUCGCAACAGGGGAGUUUGACGACAAAAUCUUUACAAGAAUUAAAUUUGUUAACGAAAAGACAGAUUUCACCUACAAACACGACAGAUAGGCCAGCAAAGAAGUUUCGUAAUCUAGAUUCGUCUAAUUCACUGCGUAACGAUCGUGAGACUGUUCAGAAUGACAAGGUUGUUCCAUACGAUGAUGAAAACGUUGCAACAUGUUGGGAAAAAUUGGACGAUGCAGAGAUGAAGAUUAACAUAAAAUCAGUCGCAGAGCGAUUGAAGGAAAAACGGCAAAAUGUUUCACCUAAAUUCGCGACUCGCAUCCCUGAGAUCAAGUUCAAAGCACAAAACGAAUCGAGCGAGAACGGAGGAAAAGAAGAGAGGAACCUAAAGAAACGCUUAACCAAGGACUCUUUUCUCAAGAUGGAAAUCGUAGGACAGUUCAAUCUCGGUUUUAUAAUAGCCCGUUUGAACAACGAUUUAUUCAUCAUCGAUCAACACGCGAGCGACGAGAAAUUUCGUUUCGAGAAACUUAAUAACGAGACGCGAUUGAAAACUCAGAAAUUGAUCGUUCCGAAGCCUAUGGACAUAUCCACGGUGAAUGAAACGAUACUAAUCGAGCAUAAAAAGAUUUUUGAGGAUAAUGGAUUCUUUUUCAAUAUCGAUUCCGAAGCUGGAUCCGGACAUCGAGUGCAUUUAACAGCUAUGCCAGUCAGUGGAAAUUGGCAAUUCGGGCAAGAAGACAUAGAGGAACUCAUAUUUUUUAUUAGAGAAGGCGGCGUGGGAAACGAACGCGAGGAUAAAUUUCGGCCUACUCGUGUGAGACAGAUGUUGGCUUCCAGGGCUUGCCGGAGCGCAGUCAUGAUCGGCACAGCCCUCAAUUUGAAUGAUAUGCAAAGAUUAGUUAGGCAAAUGGCAAGACUGGAAAACCCAUGGUGCUGUCCCCACGGUAGACCGACGAUAAGACAUCUAUUAUCCUUGACUUAGAAUAUAGAGGAACUUUCCGAAAAUACGUUGUACCUUUGUUUUUUAUAAUACGAGUAUCGAUCUAUGAGGAUCGAUGAAAAGGAACCUGGAAUAUUUUCUAAUACAAGACAAAAAAGACCUUUCCUACUCUGAGAUAAAAAAUAAACGAUGAUUUUAUUGUUAAA